AUGACAAGCAAAAGAAAGAGAGAAAACACAGAUAACUCACCAGGCUCGAAGACAACAGCAAACGGGGACAGUGGAGGAAGAGGCUCCCUCCCACGCACGCGACCCGGCUUGGAGAUUGUAGCGACCAGGAAAGACCCCGGGAAAGAAGAGGACUCCAGACCUAAGAAGAAGAAGAAGGACUACGUACCAUGCCAACCGCCCACGAUUACGACGGGGCAGUCUACGAUGAAGCUCUCCAUCGAGUGGACGGUAGAACAAAGGACAAUUUGGGAAGGAGAGACGCGCAGACAAAUCGCCACAGUAAGAAGCCCCUUCGCAGAACAAGUCAUAGGCUUCAAACCCGAGGAGAACCCCCACUGGUCGGAAACGAUCCCUACCCCCCCAGCUGCGUCUAUCCUGAAAUGCAGCAUGCCAAUCACCCAAGCACCCUUCCCGGAUGUCUGCUUCUCAUCAGUAACAAUCUUCGGUAACGUUAGGAAAGAGGUGGCGGAGGAACUCAAGGCACACAGCGAAUCAUACAUGGCGCUGAUCCCCUUUGGAGCCGGCAACAAAAUUUUUGAACAAGCCAGAGUCCUCACGACAGCGACAGCGGACCUAGUAUCAGCACUAGCCAACGACGGCACACAAUACUCGGUAGCGGCCCCUGUCCAGGAGGAUGCCCCCCCACACAAAGCGUGGUUCGCAAGACCCUUCGCGAUGAUCCUCAAGGACCCAUCACCCUCGCUGAGAAAGACCCUCCUUGACACAAAAACGGUCGCCUAUAGGAGAAACGGGGAGAAUUUCGCUUUUUUAAGCUCAAACAUCCCCCUCUCGGAGAACUCAUGGAUCGUAUGCAAUUUCAAAGGGGGCCCAGUGAUGAAUAGGCCCGAAAAGAUGACCGAGGCACUCACAGCAAUAAGCAGGCAAAUCUGCCAAUUGAACGGCCUACGCUCGCUCGCAAACAGGAUCCUGAGCAAAGAAGGAGUCGGCCAAUCGUCAGAAGAAAGGAUACACGUAGCAAUCGCAGGCCUGAGUCUAAUAUACAUCGACAGACGCGACGAAGAGGACCGCGAGGACCCAGUAUGGCAACUCCAUGGGAAACCACUCACAAAACUCGACAAGGAGCACAGAGAGUGGUUACGCGCCGUACGACAUGUAUCUUUUUUCAUCGACUCGACAACCGAACUUAUCCAGGAAAGAGCGCGAGUCGGCUGCGUCUGGUGCAAGUCGGAGCUCCACACCAACCUCAACUGCCCCCUACCCAGAGUAAAAGACUGGCUUGGCCCGCAACCCCCCAAGGAAAGGCUCACCCCGGAGCCCAGAGACACGUCAUCGUCGAAAGAAGGGAAGAGAGCGACAAGGAAGGAGCGGAAAGGAAAAGGGAAAGCUAGGGACUAG